AUGCUUUCAUAUUCUCAUUGGUACUCUACACAGCCAUUUAAUUGGAUCUCUGCUUCCCUCUUCGUCGGCACCGGCGCUGGUCUCUACUGGUAUUUCAACAAAGCAAAGGCACAAGUCGAGGAGAGCAAAAAGCGCAAAACCAGCGAGUCUGAGAAACUCGGAAAGCCAAAGAUCGGUGGCCCAUUCAAUCUGAUAGACGCAAAGACUGAAAACAGCGUGACACACGAGGAUCUUCUUGGCAGAUUUAGUCUCGUCUACUUUGGAUUCACCAAUUGCCCGGAUAUUUGCCCCGAUGAGUUGGACAAAAUGGGCGCUGUAGUUGACAAAGUCGAUGCUAAACUCGGUCAGAUUGUUCAGCCUGUUUUCAUUUCAUGCGAUCCUGCGAGAGACACAACUGCACAAACACGGAAAUACUUGGAAGGCUUCCAUCCUCGUAUGCUCGGUCUUACGGGUCCUUGGGAGAAUGUAAAGGCCGCUUGCAAGGUAUACAGGGUAUACUUCUCUACACCGCCAAAUAUAUCACCAAAAGACGACUACCUCGUUGAUCACUCCAUUUUCAUGUACUUGAUGGAUCCAAAUGGCGAGUUUGUGGAGGCGUUUGGAAAGAACACGACAGCAGAUCAAAUGGCAGACAAGGUACUGCACUACACUGAAUCAUAUGUACAAUCAAAGCGCAAUUAA